ACAAUGACCGCUUACGCACAUGUGAGUUUGUCAAAACAUACUUCCGGUUAAAGAAUAAUAUUUUGUAAACAGUAUAAUGUUAAAUAUUUAAAAAUACAACGCGUUUUAAGAUAAACGCUCUUUGAAGUUCUUCCUGAGGCUUGAAAAUUAACAUUUAAUUCAUGACGGUGCGCUUUCUGGAUGACAGCUAAGCAACUGUUAUCGGUCAACUUUCGAGGACUUACAGAGCACAAGGCUCUCUUAAGUCUUAAAUUCAGCACAUCAUCUGUCAUGGCCAAAAGCAAAUUUGAAUACGUGAGAAACUUUGAGCUCGACGACACAUGUUUGAGAAACUGUUACAUAGUGGUUCGGCUAGAUGGACGCAACUUCCACAAGUUUUCUGAGCAGCAUAACUUCAUGAAACCCAAUGAUAACCGAGCUCUGGGUUUGAUGAGCCGCAGUGCCCGUUCGGUCAUGGAAGAGCUGGAGGACAUCACUAUAGCCUAUGGACAGAGUGAUGAGUUCAGCUUUGUGUUCAAAAGAUCAACCACUUGGUUCAAAAGAAGGGCCAGUAAACUAAUGACCCAUGUGACGUCCCAGUUUUCCUCUAGCUUUGUUUACUACUGGAAGGAGUAUUUUGGGGAGCAGCCGCUGCUCUACCCACCCAGCUUUGAUGGCAGAGUGGUUCUGUAUCCGAGCAAUCAUAACCUAAGAGACUAUCUGAGCUGGAGACAGGCAGAUUGUCACAUUAACAAUUUGUACAACACUACGUUUUGGACGCUGGUGCAGAAUGGUGGACUGACCACAACGCAAGCUGAGGAAAGACUCAGUGGAACACAAGCAGCAGAUAAGAAUGAGAUCUUGUUUUCUGAGUUCAAUAUCAAUUACAAUAAUGAAUCCCCACUGCACAAAAAAGGCACGACUUUAAUAUGGGAAAAGGUGAAUGAAACCACAACUAAACAGAUCAAGCGGCCAGAUGAAGAAGAGACAGAAAUUACUGUAACACGGACAAGAAAGAAAGUCACAAGUCAUUCCUGUGAUAUCAUUGGAGAUCAGUUCUGGGAUGAACAUCCAGAUAUUCUGGAAAACGACCAGUGUUGAUCACAUAGUUAAAAGACUGUACCAGACCAAAUGCAAGUUCAUUUUUCCCUUUGGUAUUU